CAACCAUCCAUACAGAAUCAUAGACAGAAUGGCAUCAUCGUCAACUGCCUUCUCAGGGCCAAUCCCUCCACCAAGAAGCUUGCCUGUUGCAGAACCAUCACCAGCAACCAGCUCUCAAGCAUUGAAAUAUCGCGGUGCAACUGUGGAGGAUUUACAACUUUCCCCUGCAGUUAGUGUUCCAACUACUGCAACGAUUCAAAAUGCAUUAGAUGUUGCAUUCGAUCAUGAUUAUGAACAAUUGCCUGUGCUAUCCAGCAAGAAUGGAGAGAGAAAGUUGGUGGGAUAUUUGGACAUCAAAAAAUUACGCUUAGAGGUGCAGAACGGAAAGUUAGAAAAGACACAAGGCGUAUUGAACGUAAUGGUCAAAUUUGGAGGAGCAAAGAGAAAAGAAGGAAGUGGUGCAUCAUCUACAUUCACACUGAUCAGCCCGGAAACAGGAUUGGGAGAGCUAGAAGCAUUUUUGACCACCCAUCCGUUUGCAUUGGUCACAGAUGCAUCAAGAUCUUUCGUUUUGGCAGUAGCAACACGCGAUGAUUUACAAAAGUAUGCUCAACGUCGUGGUUUAGAGGAAGCAGGAACAAAGACGCCCACUCAAGAUACCGAUAUGCUUGACGAUACUGUUCGUCCCGGAGGUGUUGGAUCUUCGUCUCAGCAGCAACCCUUAUUGACCCGUCGUGAAGAAGAAGAGAAACGAAAGGACCGUACAUUGGCCGAAUUCUUACAGAUGCUAGAUGGAUACAGACCUUUGAUCCCUGAUCAAGUAACAGAACACUAUCUGGAGAAGGUCGGAUUUGAAUGUGAAGAUGUUCGUCUAAAGAGAUUGUUGUCAUUAGCAGCGGAAAAGUUUGUUGCGGAUAUUGCUGCUGAUGCAUUCCAAUAUGCACGUAUCCGUACAAAUGCCGGACCAGGAGCAAGAGGAAAAGCAUCAGCCAGUGGGAAUCAAUCAGCAGUUGCAGCAGCAGCAGCUGCCACAGCCGCUUCUUCUUCAAAGGAUCGUUCUCGUACAGUACUAACGAUGGACGAUUUGAGUGCAGCUCUUGGGGAAUAUGGCAUUAAUGCAAGGAGAGCAGACUUCUAUCGGUGAUUGGAGAGUAUGUGUACAGACUGUACAAUUGCAUUACGUUUAGUCCAUCCCUGGAUGGAGAAUAGGAGACAAGAGAAAAUAGUGUUUGCGUUAGUUGAUAGAUUGUCAUUACCAAAUCUCCUUAUACUCACAAUGCAGGAAGAGCAAUCCUAAGCCACUACCGAUGAGGAAGAUACACAAAAAUCUAUUAGCUUGACGAUUGUUCUCUUUAGCUCGUUGUAAUUGUUCAUUCCCUUUUCCCACUUCCAAUGUAUGCCCAAGCGCUUCUUGAUGCAAAUUAUCAGCCAUUUCUGUUUGAUUGCCUAGAUGCUGGAUCAGUUGUGUUUGUAGCUCAGAAAUCUCACUU